GGACUUGCAAUCACCUGACCUUGCUUUCCCUUGAAGAUGGCAGCAUUGACAGAGCCUUUAGGGCUGGAGAGAGAUGUCACUAGAGCUAUUGAGCUCCUGGAGAAGUUGCAACGAAGUGGAGAGGUGCCACCACAAAAACUGCAGGCCUUGCAGCGGGUCUUGCAAAGCAAGUUCUGCUCUGCCAUACGAGAGGUAUAUGAACAGCUUUAUGACACACUGGACAUUGCGGGCACUGCUGAAAUUAAGGCACAUGCCACAGCCAAGGCAACAGUUGCAGCAUUUGCUGCAAGUGAAGGCCAUGCUCACCCAAGAGUAGUAGAGCUUCCCAAAACUGAUGAAGGUCUGGGAUUCAACAUAAUGGGUGGAAAGGAGCAGAACUCUCCAAUCUAUAUCUCUCGUAUCAUUCCUGGUGGUGUUGCAGACAGACAUGGAGGUCUUAAACGUGGGGAUCAGCUCUUGUCUGUUAAUGGCGUGAGUGUCGAAGGGGAGCAGCAUGAGAAGGCAGUGGAACUCCUGAAAGCAGCGCAGGGUACAGUAAAGCUUGUCGUGCGUUAUACACCCAAGGUUCUUGAAGAGAUGGAGGCCAGGUUUGAAAAGAUGAGAACUGCUAGGCGCCGGCAACAGCAAAAUAGCUACACUUCCUUGGAAUCCAGGGGGUAACUUGGUUCCAUGUUCCUGAUGCAAGAUGCACACUGCUCAACCAAGGAUGUUGCACGAAUCUGAAUCCUCUUCUUUGUAUAGAUGCAAAAAUCAUUUUAAUUUAAAUUAA